AAGAGGCACACACACACACACACACACACACACACACACACACACACACACACACAGUUCCGCGUUGCAGCUUAGAAAGCCGAGUGAGUUUUUUUUUAUUUUUUUAUUUUUACAUGUGUUAACGGAAUAAUUAUUCAGCGCGAGGGACUUCCUGCUGAAUGAGUGUCUCGCGCUCUGUUUUGGUGUUCGUGGAGGAUGUGACCGUGCUGUUAUAAUAUAUAUGUAUAUAUAUAUAUUAAUCGGAGCAUACGCUAUUUUUCCGUUACGAAAAAAAGAGAAUUUGGAUAUCUUCCUACUGGUUUAAGGUGAUUACGUGUUAAAUAUGGAAUUCUGACCCGGAGCGGGACGAUAAGGAGCUCUGUUAGCUAACGGCUAACCAGGGGGAGGAAAAAAAGAAACAAAAAACGGAAAAGACCGAAACGGAUGCGCGAGCGCGUUCCGUGAUGACCGCUGUGUAUGUAAGGUGACGGUGUUUUUGUGAGGAAACGGUGAUCACCCCGUUAACAGGGAUGUCAGGACGGAGAGCAGCGCAAUGAUUCAACAUCUCUCCAGUUCCCCGGGCUCGGGUUAAUCACACCGGAACCGUUCACCAGACAUCCUUCUAUCCUUUGUGGUACCGGUGUCUAUCAGGACAUUAUGGACGAUACCGGGAUAAUCCGGCGCAGGCGGCUGCAGAAGGAUCUUCCUCUGCCACGUAAAAGCAGCAGCUGUCGUGCCACUAACAGGAAGAGUCUGAUCCUCACCUCAACCUCACCCACUUUACCUCGCGCUCACUCUCCUCUGCCUGGACACCUCGGAAGCAGCCCACUGGACAGCCCUCGCAACUUCUCUCCCAGCAAUCCAGCUCACUUCUCCUUCACAGCAUCUUCCAGACGGGAUGGUCGCCGUUGGUCUCUGGCUUCUCUUCCUUCUUCUGGUUAUGGCACCAAUACACCCAGCUCAACGUCGUCCAGUUCGUCUCAGGAGCGUCUGCACCAGUUGUCCUAUCAGCCCUCCAUGGACGAGCUGCUCUUCCUGUCCAAACACUUCGGCAGUACCGAGAGCAUCACGGAUGAUGACGGGGGGCGGAGCUCUCCCCAUACACGCCCACGCUCACGCAGCCUCAGUCCGGGCAGAUCGGCUUCCUGCUUCGACAACGAGAUCAUGAUGAUGAACCAUGUGUACAAAGAGCGCUUCCCAAAGGCGACAACUCAGAUGGAGGGGCGAUUAGCCGACUUCAUCCACUCCUUCUCUCCGGACAGCGUGCUCCCUCUGGCCGACGGGGUCCUGAGCUUCAUCCACCACCAGAUCAUCGAGCUGGCCCGAGACUGCCUGAACAAAUCCAGAGACGACCUCAUCACCACCGUCUACUUCUACGAGCUGCAGGAGAACCUGGACAAACUGCUGCAUGAUGCGUACGAGCGGUCAGAGAGUUCAGAGCUGACCUUUAUCACAGAGCUGGUGAAGAAGCUCCUCAUCAUCAUCUCGCGUCCAGCACGGCUCUUGGAAUGUCUGGAGUUUAACCCAGAGGACUUCUACCACCUGCUGGAGGCAGCUGAAGAUCACGCCAAACAAGGACACUUGAUGAAGACGGACAUCCCGCGCUACAUUAUCAGCCAGCUCGGCCUGACCAGAGACCCUCUGGAGGAAAUGGUCAAUCUGGAGAGUUAUGACAGCGAGGGACCCCUCACACCUGAGACUGACGACUCUACAGAGGGGAAGACGAAGGUGCUAAAACCUCCUGGAGAAGCUGACUUCCAGACCAUCAAACUGAUUAGCAAUGGUGCAUACGGGGCGGUGUACCUGGUGCGUCACCGGGAGACCCGUCAGCGUUUUGCCAUGAAGAAGAUCAAUAAGCAGAACCUGAUCCUGAGGAACCAGAUCCAGCAGGCCUUCGUGGAGAGAGACAUCCUCACGUUUGCUGAGAACCCUUUCGUGGUCAGCAUGUUCUGCUCAUUCGAGACCCGCAGACACCUGUGCAUGGUCAUGGAGUAUGUGGAAGGAGGAGACUGUGCCACGCUGCUGAAGCACAUCGGAGCUCUGCCUGUAGAGAUGGCGCGCAUGUACUUCGCCGAAACCGUCCUCGCUCUCGAGUACAUCCACAACUACGGGGUGGUGCACCGAGACCUCAAACCUGACAAUCUGUUGAUCACGUCUAUGGGACACAUUAAGCUGACUGAUUUUGGGUUGUCCAAAAUGGGUCUGAUGAGUCUCACAACAAACCUGUAUGAAGGCCACAUCGAGAAGGACACCAGAGAAUUCCUAGAUAAACAGGUGUGUGGCACACCAGAGUACAUCGCCCCAGAGGUGAUCUUACGGCAGGGAUAUGGGAAACCUGUGGACUGGUGGGCCAUGGGCAUCAUCCUCUAUGAGUUCCUGGUGGGCUGUGUGCCUUUCUUCGGGGACACACCCGAGGAGCUGUUCGGCCAGGUCAUCACUGAUGACAUUGUGUGGCCUGAAGGUGAUGAAGCGCUCCCAGUUGAUGCCCAGCACCUCAUAUCUGCCCUGCUGCAGACCAACCCACUGCUCCGCCUGGGCACAGGAGGUGCGACCGAAGUGAAGCAUCACCCGUUUUUUGCUGAUUUGGACUGGAACAGUUUACUGAGGCAGAAAGCUGAGUUUGUACCACACCUUGAGUCAGAGGAGGACACUAGCUACUUUGACACACGUUCAGACCGUUACCAUCACAUUCACUCGUUCGAUGAAGACGACACCAAUGACGAUGAACCCGUUGAGAUCCGGCGUUUUUCCUCCUGCUCUCCUCGCUUCAGCAAGGUGUACAGCAGCAUGGAGCACCUGUCCCAGCUCGAGCACAAGCCUGUGGUGACCCGAAGGGAGCCCAGAGGUCAUCGGGAGGACCGGGCGAAGAGGGAGAGCCUGGGUAGCUUCACUUUGAGAGACAAAACAUGGAGGACCGGCUCUCCUGAAAUGAAGCGCCUGUCCUGCUCUGUGUACUCCUUCACCGAGUCCGACUCCAGUCCCCCGGGCGUGCGUCGCCGUUUCUCUGCUCUCAUGGACACACACCGGGUCACCUCUCCUCUAGAGACGGACACAGACUCACACGCUCGCCACACACCAGUCAAAACCAGAGGGACGUCACUAGAAGGCGCUACAAUGGCCACCGGCUCAGGCGGAGCCGAGUCCUCCACCACGGCACCAGCAGCACAAGCAAUAGUAGAUAAACAUCUGAAACCUGCUGAUGCAGCUGUGACAUCUGGACCGUUCGGAACCAGAGCCCCAAGUGAAGUGGUUCUACGACGAGCGAGACAUCAGCAGCUUUCAGCCGAUGGAGAGAAACACACUCCCACCCGCUCUGGCACCAAGGUCAUAAAGUCAGCUUCUGCCUCUGCCUUAUCCGUCAUGAUACCUGCAGCAGUGGAGCAGCAUGGGACGUCCCCGUUGGCCAGCCCCAUGUCUCCCCGCUCGAUCUCCUCCAACCCAUCAUCCCGCGACUCAUCCCCCAGCCGGGAUUACUCUCCAUCCGUCAGCACUCUGCGUUCUCCCAUCACCAUCCAGCGCUCGGGGAAGAGGUACGGUUUCACGCUGCGUGCCAUCCGAGUCUACAUGGGGGACACCAACGUCUACAGUGUCCAUCACAUGGUCUGGCACGUGGAGUGUGGAGGCCCCGCCCAGGAGGCGGGUCUGUGUGCCGGUGACCUCAUCACGCAUGUGAACGGAGAGUCUGUGCACGGGUUGGUUCACACAGAGGUGGUGGAGCUCAUUCUGAAGAGCGGGAAUAAAGUCACAGUGACCACAACUCCUUUUGAGAACACGUCCAUUAAGAUUGGACCAGCGCGAAAGGCCAACUCCAGGGCCAAGAUGGCACGACGCAACAAGAAAUCCAUCACCAAGGAGGGGCAGGAAAGUAAGAAGCAAAGUCCUUGGCUCCGUAAAAUCACUAAGCACUCGAACCUGCUCCACACCAGCCGCAGUCUUUCCUCUCUGAACCGUUCUCUGUCGUCCGGUGACAGUCUCCCUGGCUCUCCUACCCACAGCCUGUACGCUCGCUCACCUCCUGACUCCGCCCACCUUGGCAUGUCCUCCCAGAGCAGCUCCCCGGCGUCCUCCACUCCAAACUCUCCGGCUACGUCUCAUCACAUGCGCCCGAGCUCGCUGCAUGGCCUGUCCCCUAAGCUACAGCGUCAAUUUCGCUCGUCUCGCUGUAAAUCAGCUGGGAGUGUCCCUCUGUCCCCUCUGGCACACACCCCCUCCCCGAGCACGCCCGGCGCCACACCCGCUUUCCCCGCCAAGUUGCACUCGUCUCCACCGAUAACGAGGCCUCGCUCACCUCUCCUUACACGGGUGCAGUCGACCGAGAAGCCGGCUCCACCCUCUCCGCCGUCGUUCACCUCCUUUCCUUCGGCAGCCGAGAAAAAAGGUGGCCUGAGGAAACACGGUGUGGAGGAAUACCGUAUGCUGCAAAGCCUGCAGGAGAUUGAAGGAGAAAACACACUCACAGAUACGCUCCAGACUGCAAACAAGCAGGACUCGCCUUCUGUCGCAGACUCGGGACUUAGCAAGAAGGACAAACCGUCUGCAGGAAAAGAGCCAAGUUCUUCUAAAGCCUAUGAUUCCAUCAAAACCAUCUCUACAGCAAAGUGGGAACCUGCAAAGCAAGACAAAUCUGCAUCAAAGAGCCCAGCUACACAGGAUACAAUCUCUGACGUGAAAGGACAACCUGCAGGGAAGACACCAUUACUGCGCGUAGAAACCACUGUACCAAAAAUGCCAGAGUGCCAGGCUGAGCGCGAGAAAGGAAAAGUGGUGUGGGUGAACGACUCAAAAAAUAAAUCAGAGCUUGUUGAACUGGGGAAGUGUGUGAAGACCCCCCAGACUGUAGAGGUUAAAAUGGAAGUCGGGAGCAGAGGUGGUGAGAGCAAGGCUAAAGCUCCAGCACCUCCAGUGACGGACGCAGGUGUGCUACAAACAAAAUCCAAAAUGGAGAAGUCUUCAGUCCACUCUGGGUCAAUCCGAACCCUCCGAGAAGAGCGCUCUCAGCUGGAGGUUUUGGAGGAAAGCCCGGCUUCCCCAUCUCCUUCCACUCCAUCCCCCAGCACUGGCAAAUCUCGCACCAUCUCCCCUGGUGACCGCUCGAGCUUCGUCACUCAGCUCACCAGCGUGGCCAAAACCGUGCUCGGGCCCAUGAAGCUGGGGUCACAGGACGGCGGGAAAGGGAAGGACUCCAGCGCCAAAACUAGUGAGGACAAGCGUUCUGGGACACUGGGAAAAUCUGAGGCUUCCUCAGGGGCCUGGCGCAUAGCAACAGGAACGUGGCCUGGACCAGGAUCCUCCAAAUCAAAGAGCUCUAACAAGCAUUCCUAACUUCCUGUAUGGGAGGAAAUGAGAAGUAAGCGAUACUUAAAGCGAUGACCUAAUACUUCCACAACCACCAAAUUAACACUUAACCCAAAUAAAAAAUAAAAGGUGCUCUCGAUCUGUCAUCGUUAGAUGCGUGUAUGUGUAUAGGCAGUUUUUAAAGCUGCAGUAUGUAACUUUUAAGGAUUCUCAGAAGAACAUUUUGUAACGUGGGUAGUUGUGUGUAACAUCUGUUUACGUUCCAGUUGUAAUGAAGUAAGACCCGGGGUUGUGGCCGUGUAGCCGUUAUCAUCUUUGACCUUUACUGUUUUAAGGCUUUUCAGGGCCACGUUCAAUAAGGGGCGGAGCUUAAGCUAGAUUUAGUCAGCCAGUCGCAAAUUUGAUCACAUCAGUUUGAACAUUGUUAGCUAGCUAGCAAAUGUAGCCACAUAGCAAAAUAGUUUACUCGAUAUUGCUGUAAUUUCUAUUAAAAGAAAAGUUAUAUACUGCAGCUUUAUUGUAAAUGUAACACCAGAUCAGUGUAUAGCAAUUAAAGCACUGUGUGUGUGUGUGUGUGUGUGUGUGUAGCUGCAUGGUAGAUAUUGUGAAUAGAGAAUAUGAUAUUUAAAAAAAAUACUACGCAAAGACCUGAUGCUAGUGAACAUCGUACACAUCCGAUUGUCAUAACAUGUCUCUAUAGCAACAGCAUGUCAGUGAUGUCAUAUCAAACGCUCUCAAUAGCGACGGGUGGCAGAGCCUGUCGCUUCUCUAAUAGCAUAAUGACAAAUUAAUGAAUAGCUCUCCUUACUUGAAGAUGCGUAAUACACAGUCAGAGGUUUGCUAACACGCUGGGAUGAAAGCAAUGCGUUAUUUCACCACUUACACUCGUAAACACCUGACUGGUCCUGCAACAUCUCCAGCUUGCUACUGAUCGCUUUCCUUCACGACACCUGUGGUGGACACUGAGAAGUGUGUGAGGCGUAAACGGAGUGUUUAAUGUCCCAGAGAAUGUGUCCCAGAGAAUGUGUCCCAGAGAAUGUGUUCAAGUUUUGUCUCUAAUAUUAGCCUUCUACCACUAAGUUAGCCUUCUCUCACUGAGUUGGCCUUCUCUUUCAAAGGAAUUUCAGAAAUUCGCUGUCUCUAGUGUCAGCUUUCUCUCGAAAAGUUUAGUUUUCUUUUUAAGGUUAGAUUUCUCUCAAAAAUUAGCUGUCUCUAGGGUUAGCUUUCUCUCGAAAAGGUUAGCUUUUUAUCUAAGGUUAGCUUUCUCUCAAAAAUUACCAGUCUCUGGUUUAGCUUUCUCUCAAAAAAGUUUAGUUUUCUUUUUAAGGUUAGCUUUCUUUCCAAAAUUUGCUGUCUCUAGGGUUAGCUUUCUCUCAAAACUGUUAGGUUUUUAUCUAAGGACAGCUAUUUCUCAAAAAUGUGCUGUCUCUAGGCUUAGCUUUCUCUCAGAAAGAUUAGUUUUUCUCUCAAAAAGGUAAGCUUUCUAUCUAGGUUUAGCUUUCUCUCUCAAAAAUUCGCUGUCCCUAGAGUUAGCUUUCUCUCAAAAAGUUUAGCUUUCUCUAUAAGAUUAGCUUUCUCUCUCAAAAAUGAGCUUUCUCUAAAAAAAAUUAGCUGUCUCUAGGGUUAGCUUUCUCUCAAUAAAGCUUAACUUUCUCGCAAAAAAAAAAAAAAGUUAGCUUUCUCUCAAAAUUUUGCUGUCUCUAGGGUUAGCUUUCUCUUUAAGGUUAGCUUUCUCUCUCAAAAAUUAGCUUUCUCUCUAAGGCACGCUCUCUUUCUGUAAGGUUAGCCUUUAUUUACUGGUUGCUCAGAAUUUAGACCGUUUAAGUACAGACACGCUCUUAAACCGAAUUGAGGAUUUUUGCUCCGCCCCCUUUUACAAGAAGUCACAGUUUGUACGUUAGAGAGCACAUUUUACACCACAGUGCUGCUGAGUUCUGAUAUCUGAUUGGUCAGGAACUGUUGAUUCUUUUUCUACAGCAGCGGCUCUGACAGUAGUACAGGUUUUUGUGCUAGUUCUAGGGUUAUUGUUUUAUAGAGCAACAGAUCAGUCACAGAUACUCGAACCACCGUCCUGAUUACUGUCCUGACUUGUAGAAUUGUAGGUUUAGGUUCUCUGGGCCUUUAAACACUGAAAACGGAACAAAUUUACUUUAAAGAACAUGGAAGAUUAACUGGUGUGUGUGUGUGUGUGUGUGUGUGUGUGUGGGUGUGUGUGUGUGUGAAACUCUUCCUACAUAUGCAAUGAGAGCUUUCUCCUGUGUGUAAUUUAAUGUAGACUUUGUUUUCACACUGUUUUUUCUUUCCUAUUUCUUACUUGACUACGUUUUAUACUGUGUGAGUAGAUGUGAUUUCCAACAGUUAGUAAGUGGCAAAUAAUGUUCGGAUUUGCUUGUUUACACGGAGUACCGCCCCUGCAUCUUAGCUGACAUCCAGAAUGUUCCAUCAUGUCACUAGAUGAACAACGUUUCCAUGUUGCGUCGUGCUAUCACGUCUGUGGAUGUGUUUAACAGUGCAGUGUGUAGCGUUUAGAGGUUAUAACCGCGUUAUUAUUAUUAUUAUUAUUAUUAUUAUUAUAUGAUAUCGAAACCUCACUACCGCCCUCCAUCUUCAGCAUUUACAUCGAGACAAUGUGAUUUACAACGUGCUCAUGAGGUGUGGUUUGGCUCUAACCUGCCCCCUAGUGGACAAAGCUUUUAUUCCAUUAAUCAUACAGAGCAUCUGAGCCAAUGGACUGUUGUUCAUAUUUAUUCUGGUCCAGAAAUUAGCCUCUUUUCCAAAAAGAGUUUCAGCUCACACUAGGUUCAGGGCACUUGACAUUUACAUUUUACAUUUACACUGAUCAUGUAUAACAUUAUGACCACUGACCAGUGAAGUGAAUAACACUGAGUAUCUCCUCAUCAUGGCACCUGUUAGUGGGUGGGAUAUAUUAGGCAGCAAGUGAACAUUUUGUCCUCAAAGUUGAUUUGUUACAAGCAGGAACAAUGGAUUUUGAGCUUUGAGUUUGAUGAAUGAACAAAUUGUGAUGGCUAGACCACUGGAUCAGAGCAUCUCCAAAACUGCAGCUCUUGUGGGGUGUGCCGUCUGCAGUGGUCAGUAUCUAUCAAAAGUAUCCUUUAGUUCCUGUAAUUUGUGAGGUGUUGCCCUUGGAGGCCCUGAUGCUAACAUCUUGGUGUCAGAUACCACAGCACACCUUUAGAGAUCUAGUGGAGUCCAUGCCUUGAUGGGGUCAGGGCUGUUUUGGCAGCAAAAGCGGGACGGACACAAUAUUAGGCAGGUGGUCAUAAUGUUAUGGCUGAUCAGUGUAUAUUCUUUUGCAAACUUUAAUAUGCAAAAAAGACACAAGAUCUCACAAAAACAAGUUGUUGUACUGUAGAUGUGAUGAAGCCUGAUGGAGAGCUAAUAAUGUAUUUCAUUUCAAAAUAUUCAGCAUAGCAGUGAUAUUCCUUUACAAUAUAUUGCCAAAAGUAUUGGGACACCCCUCCAAAUCAUUGAGGUUUGUUUUUCAGGGGUUUGGCUCGGCCCCUUAGUUCCAGUGAAAGGAACUCUUAAUGCUUCAGCUUCAUACCAAGACAUUUUGGACAAUUUCAUGCUCUUUGUGGGAACAGUUUGGGGAUGACCCCUUCCUGUUCCAACAUGACUGCACACCAGUGACCAAAGCAAGGUCCAUAAAGACAUGGAUGAGUGAGUUUGGUGUGGAGGAACUUGACUGGCCUGCACAGAGUCCUGACCUCAACCCCACAGAACACCUUUGGGAUGAAUUAGAGUGGAGACUGUGAGUCAGACCUUCUCGUCCAACAUCAGUGUCUGACCUCACAAAUGUACUUCUAGAGGAAUGGUCAAAAAUUCCCAUAAACACACUCCUAAACCUUGUGGAAAGCCUUCCCAGAAGAGCUGAAACUGUUAUAGCUGUAAAGGACGGGACAACUCCAUAUUACAUUCAUGUGCAGGUAAAGGCAGACGUCCCAAAACUUUUGGCAAUACAGUGUAUCACAAUAAUUCUCCUAUCUUUCAUCUUGGGUUACAAUGGUCAUUUCUGAAAAUAAACGUUAAAGGAUUUAAUUGUUAAACUUACUGAAGGUUACUGAACAGAACUGUGAGGUUUCCUCAGACUUGUAGAAUCCAGCUGCCUAAACGAAACACCAACACUUUUCUAAAAGGUGAAAACAUGUACAUAUAAAACACACGCACAGAUUCACUCACGUUACGUCAUAUAAACCACACUGACGUUUCAUUUCAGCCGGCGUUCCUGAGGUACUGUGUGUUCUGCUCUGCGCUAGUGUGUUCGAUGAGCUCCUGUCAUAGACGAUGUUUUGUGUGUGUGUGUGUGUGUGUGUGUGUGUGUGAGAAUUGUUAGAGUGUCUCGGUGUCUAGAUUCACGUAGGCGUUACAUUGUUUUCCACUUUGUUGUUGUGGAAUAAAAACCACUGUAAAGAAUGCACUUUAUUUAUCACACAUAUUUAGAGGGGGUCCAAGCAACGGUAACAAGAUGACCAGUUUCUCUCUCUCUCUCUCUGUCUCUCUGUCUUUUAGGAGUUGUAAUUUUGUUUCCUUGUGACUAAUAUGCACUGUACAGUUCCAUUUAAAAUGUGAUCGAUGUCAGUGAGCUGAAUGGAUCUUUGUAAACAUGGGUUUGUCCACCAGUCGUACCCAAAAUGGCCACGUGAUGGUUCCCUUAUCUGUUUUUUACUAGUUUGUGGGGCAAUAAAUUAUGGUUUGUCCAUCAUAUCUCACACUCUUCUUUCAUCACAUCUCACAUCCUGGCUGUCGGGACAUUCCCACCUGCUGGCCGAAGUGCUUGGGCCCCUGUAUUAGCCAUUUUAAUUUGUUUACAUGUUGCUUUUGGUUUUAUGAUCAGUUUUAUUUAUUUUAUUUUAUUUUAUUUGCUGUAAAUGAUCUAGCAUGUUCAUAUUCAGAUCAUGUACUCGGGUUUAUUCGAAAUAUUUACUUUUUUGCAUUUGAUCAUAAAAUGCUUUUUUUUUAUACUGUUUAUUUAUUUAUUGUUUACAAGGGUGUUUUUUUUCCAUUUCAUUUUCCUCAGGCAAUGUUGUGAAGCAAUGCAAAACAAAGAGGCUGAAGUGCAGUAAUAAUGAUAAAAAUAAUAAAAAAUAAAGAUUUCAA